UAAGCGGCGGCUGGGCGGGACUCGAGGCCUUAAAGGCGGGCGGCUCCUCCUGUGCCGAGGAAGGCGGAAGAGCGAGGCGCCGGCGGCCGCCUCGGUUCUGCCCGCAGGCUGUAUGCAGCUGGCCGGGUUACCGCUCGCCCCGGAGGACGGAGAGAAGGGGCGGCGGAGCGAGAAGAGCCCGUCCCCCGUCAUGUGCUCGGUGAGCGAGGCCGGCAGCACCGACCCGCUGGUGGCCCGCUUCAGGCAGGUGGAGGAAACGCUGGAAAAGCUGCACCGGGAGAACAGGAGCCUGAAGAGCAAAGUGCCCCGCUACAACGCGCUCUGCACGCUGUACCACGAGUCCGCCCAGCAGCUGAAGCACCUCCAGCUGCAGCUCGCCGCCAAGGAAGCCACGGUGCGGGAGCUGCGGGGCAGCCUGGCCCGGCAACAGCAGCAGGCGGGGGCCGGCGAGGCGGGGGCCGAGCCCGCCCGCUCGCUGGUGGAGAGCCUGCUGGAGCAGCUGGAGCAGGCCCGGGAGCGACUGCGGGACAGCGAGCGGCUCUCGGCAAUCAGAGUGGAGGCGCUGAGCCAGGAAGUGCAGAAGUUGAAUCAGCAGCUAGAGGAGAAAAACGCAGAGAUAGAGAAGAUGAUAAAUCAGCCUCCAUAUGAAAAGGAGAGAGAAAUCUUACGACUUCAGAAGAGCUUGGCAGAGCGAGAGAAGGCUCAGGCCACCAGCGAUGUUCUGUGCCGGUCACUCACCGAUGAAACCCAUCAACUUCAACGCAAAUUAGCAUCCACAGCAGAAAUGUGUCAACAUCUGGCAAAAUGUUUAGAAGAGAAGCAAAGAAAAGAGAAGGGGAAUUUGGAUGACCAGAUUGCCACUGAAAGAUCUAAUCAGUUACAGGUAUUUGACAAUGAAACUUCACUUCAAGCCCUUAUCUGCAAACUACAAGAUGAAAACAGAAUGUUAAAACAAAAAGUAGCCCACGUGGAAGACUUGAAUGCAAAAUGGCAGAAGUACGAUGCUAGUAGAGAUGAGUAUGUGAAGCGACUCCACUUGCAGCUGAAAGAGCUGAAGUCACAGCUGGAGCAGCAGCACAGCACACCUUCAGCACAAACCAAUUCUGAGCUGAUGCAAAAGGAGAUCCUCCGGCUGAACAAGCUGCUGGAAGAAAAAAUGAAUGAGUGCAAAAAAUCAAGGAGAGAAUUAGAAGAUGUGAAGAAGGCUAGAGAAGGAGAUAAUGAGCGCAUACAAAUGCUGGAGCAACAGGUCCUCGUUUAUAAAGAUGACUUCACAUCAGAGAGAUCAGACAGGGAACGAGCACAGAGUAAAAUACAAGAACUGCAGCUAGAAGUUUCAUGUCUGCAACAUCAGCUAGCAAGAAGACAAGAAGGCAAGAAGGACUCCAGAGACACAAGUAGUCGUUUCAGAGUUCACACUGGUAACCAAAAUCAAAUGCAUGUACAGACAAAAGUUGAACACCUACGAGGCAGCAGCCAGGCCAACCAGGUGCAAGAAGAACAGCCUCACAGUCUGAACAGACUUCCCCACCUGCAGACAAUGGGAACUCAGGAUCAGAGGGCAGGGCACAAGGUGAACUUAGAUGUCCUCACUGUAUGAGAUUUUUCAGUGAUGAACUCAGUGAUGAAUUUCUCAAGCACGUUACGGAAUGUUGCCAAUGACAAUGUGAUGUAAGGCACAUAAAUCAAUCACUACUCUACAGACAGUAAAACUUGGCCCAUCUCCUAUAGUCCUAAACCAGAGUAAUUCAAAUGGACAGCUCUUAGGAAAUAGGAGGAUGAACAGCAUCUACCUCUUAUUUGAUUUCACCUUCUUGUGGACUGUAUGAAAGACUUUGAGAAAAAGCAAAAUGUUUUUGUGAAGAAUUUAACAACUGCAAGCAACACAAGCAUAAUGCAAAUUCUACAACAAACUAAAGAAAACAAAAUGUAGUGGUAGCUGGCUUCAGAACAGUCUGAAGGCUUGUGGAUAGAGUGUCACAGAACUUGAAAACAUCAUUCUCUUCCAAACAGCACAUGCUGAAGAAUGCAGGAGGAACAGUUUGGCAUAAGAAAAAUCUUCUUGUACUUUAUCUGGAUUUAAAGUGAAAGUAUUUUCUUGGAGAUCGAAGCUGAACUUUCAACCAUCCUACCUGAAAAUCCUUGUGUUCAACUAAAAUCAGGAGAAGUAAAAAAAAUAAAAAUAAAAAAAAAAAGUCAAGGGCUGGUUAUUGACUAACACUAGCCUGUCUCUUUGCACAGAAACAAUGUACAGGGAUAUUUAUUUUUUUCUGUGCCAUAAAUAAUUUACAUGUUUGCAAAGGUAUUUGUAUAAUUAUUGACUGUAUUCCAAUUUUACUUAAGUAUUUUUAUAAUAAAAGUGGUUGUGCAGUUGCUUUACUGUAGUAGCAGUCAGAACUAUCUUUUAGAGUAUUUAAAUGUAAAGUAGCCACUAAGUAACAGACUAACUAAAUGUCAUGGUUUCAGGUAUGAGUUAUUCCGUUCCUGCAGUGAUAACCAGUGUCUCAAACUAUAUUCAAAUAUGUUGAAAAUAACUCAUUUCAGAGGACAAAUGACAUUUCAGACGCAUGAGAAUACAUUUAAUGCCCUACCCUGCUGCACAACAUUUGUGGCUAUGCCAUUGCUAGCUUCAUUUUUUUCGUGUCUACACUGGAGCCAGGCCCUCAGCUGUAUGAGGAAGUUGUUUUGAGAAGAAAGAUUAGACAUAACAAUGUCUACACACUGGGACUGGAGGGUUUUUCUCAGCCAUAACUCCCAGUAUUUUUUUAAUAGGUCAGGGCUGGAUGGUGUGCAGACAAAUAUACUAAAGAAAUCCACCCACCUUACUUUAACACCGCCAUCUUCUGCUUUGCUUCCUUUUCUGUAGUGCACUUGAAGAGGACUGUGCAUUUGCUCAGUCGAUGUUUGUAUUAUUUUUUUCUCCCCCCCUGCUUCCAGUAAUUGCUAGGAUUUCCUAUAGCAUCAACUAUCCCUUGAUCUCCCAUAUAGAAGUUUCUCCUGCUGAACAGCAGCUUGCUAGGAGUUAAGUCCAGUCUCCAAUUUAUUUUUCCAUGCAGCACUGAAUUUUCAUCAGUUUUCCUCUCUGUUUCCAAGUAGUUUCAACAUAAUAUAAGUGAACAAAGUGUUCCUUGCUGUGAUCCAGGUCCACAAAGAAUGAGAGGAAAUGGUACACUCCUCUUUCCCCAACAUACACAAUGAAGCACCACAGUAGUGCUGUCUAUAUGAUUAACAUCGGGAUGGUUACAGAACAGCUGGAACAACUAGAACUACACAAAGGGAAAGCUGCUCUCCUUGGAUGAGAGGGAAAGAAAUUUCCCUUCUUUGGGACAGCAGUAGUUCAUCUCAUGGCCUGAAGCCAAUCCUUGAGCAAGACAUGUAAGAAAUUCUGAUGAAUAGUUAAAGACAGAACUAUCUUCUCUAAGCAAAUCUUAAUUCUACUUUUUCCACAAUUCUUUUACAGCCCAAAGGGAGAUGAUGAUUUCUGCCAAUAUUGCCUUAUUGCACUUAUCAGAAAAAGACACAUGGACUGUCACAGGCAGUGUGCAGGUGCAAUGUUUUUAUUGCUGACCUACUCUUUAACUAAUUGUAAGCCCAUGAUUGCUAGUUUGAUUUUCCCAUCUCAGCAUACAUAAAUGUGCAGAGAUUUUUCUUUUUUUUUUUUUUAGGGUGACCAUUUUAAACAUUGCCUUUUAAGGUCUCAGAGAUCAGAUGCAGCACACAGAAUAUAUGCUGAGAAAAAUAUGAUUAAACUUCCUGUGGCAUAAGCUAAUCUCUCAAUGAUUAGUUUAUUUCUUUUGCCUACUGUCUCAUUAGAAAAACCUUGUUUAUGGUUUUAAAGUACAUUAAUGCUGCCCUCUGGGUAUGCUUGGACAGACUGAACUACAACUAUUAGAUAUGGAGAGAAGAAUUAGAUACAGGAAGCUGCAGUACACAGGAAUCAACAGAAGAUAUCCUUGAUAUUCUCAUUGUUUCAAGGCCUGUAAAUUAGUUCCCUCCCUGUCAAAGCAGAGGUUGGAAUGCAAAUCCUGGAACAGGAGGAUUCAGGUGAAAUGACUGGUGGGAAACUGGAUAUACCUACAAAGAGGUCCAGCAAAUACAGACAGAUGAAGUUAUAGAUCAAGCAUAGGUUACAGCAAGUCGCUUACAACCUAAAGCUACACAACAAAACACUGAAAUUUGAAUACCAGCAUCAAAAAUCCAGCUACAUUCCAGCAUAAAAAUACCUCAGCUUUGGGGCUAUUUUACUACUUCCUAUUUUCCUCCAUCUCUAGUAAAAAGAACCUUACCUAUUUCUCUGUCUUUGUGCUAACCAAGAAACCAAUUAGACACUGUAAAACUAAACUACCAGCGUCUUCUACAACUGUUUGAUUCAGACUAUAAGGCAGGCGUUAUCUGUCCUAAAAAAGCUGUUACCCAGUGCUUUGCCCUCUCCUCAGCAAGCACAGCAUACACAUCAGUACUUCCCAAGCAAUUCCAAACAACGCCUACUUUCACAGUGCAGGUUCCUCAAACUGUAGGCUGGAAUGUAUAAGAACCAUCAGCUCCACUGCCCCAGUGUUAAGUAAAAGCAGCCAUGAAUUCACAAUGUUGUUGAACCCUUUACAUUAAGGAAAGUUCCUUUGGCCUCAUGCAGUUUUUUUCUCUGCCACUUGGACUGCUGUCCAUGUAGGGUGCAUCUUGUUUGGUCAAAUGGUGAAAGCAAUGCAGCUUCUUUCCCAAAAGAAAGCAAUGACAGUGCAUGAGUAAGAAAGGAACUGCGUAAAAUGAAAGCAACUUGAACAGCAUAAACUUUAUGAACUUUCAUUAGCCAUUUGUACGACAUAUGUUCACUGAAAACACAUUUGUAAAAUUGCACAGACUCUUGAAACCAUGCAGAAAGUCUGCAUGACCAUAUGGGACUCAGUUCCUUAUUUACUGCAUCAGUUGCAAAGGCAUCCAACGUAACCAAACCCCAUUAUCAGGCCCAUUCUGAUUUCUGUCCGUCUCUCGGCACUGAUGAGCAGUACCCUCACUCGAGAGGCAGAGCAGUACUAAAAGGCAGGCAGAUGUACCCCUGUAGGUCUGUGGAGUCUGGAAGGAGACAAGUAACUGUUUCCUCUAGGCCUUGUACGAAUGUGCUAUCACACAGAGAUGCCUGGGUGCAUUUGUCCAACUACCUUCAUGAUUAAGACCAUCUCUUCUCCUAGAAUUGUUCCCUCUUUAGAAUCAUCCUCCUCAAAUUUUGCUCUCCAGAGCAGCACGAGUUCAGAGCUAGGACUGGCUCAGGGCUGCUGAGCAGCUCUCUCACUAGCAAUGUUUUCAGACCACAGAUUCUGUCCGAGUGCUGGCAAGUUAGUCUUCAUGGCUGCUGGAUUUAAUGAUAUCAUAUUUAGGAUGGGAUUUUAAAGUAAAUGAUGUUUACUUACAAUGCCAGACUAUGCGGGUUGUCAUGCAGAAAUAGUACCUUAGCACAUUAUCAUGACAGCAACUGUAGGCAAGAGUGACUCACUGAAUCACAGAAGAGACAACUGGGAGAAAGCUCAGCAGUGAGUCCUCACCCCAAAAACCCCAAGAGAGAGAAGAUCAACAAUAAAGUUGCCUUCUGCAGCACACUAGUACAGAACUACAGAACCAAGAGCCUAAAAAUCCUCUCAUUUUUCAGCAACGAUAAGCAAUGUGUUUCACUCUCAAAUGAUUUACAGGGCAUCAGAUCUUUUAAAACAAGCCUUAAAUGAUGGCCCAAGAUUAAGUGCUCACUAAUGAUAAAACCAAUGAAGAAUAAAAUUUGUUCAAGAAGAUACCUAUGUUCUAUGGCUGUUUUUUUUUUUUUUUUAACUUCUAUUUCCUGUGGCUUUGCUGCAUGUGUAUAUAUAGAAAGCAAGGGAAAUUCCAAACAGCAUGCCACACCAUCGUACUCAGAACAGCAGUGCUUCUGAUUCUAAAAAAGAGAAGUCUCAAAUUCUUUUUCUAUAAAAUCAAUGUGAAUUCAAAGUGUGUUGUAGUAAAAUUUCUUAGUAGCAUGCUCCAGUAGCAAUCAGCCUGUGAGUUUCAGCUAGAAAUCUAAACCAUGAGAAAUACCUACACAUUAUUAGGUCAAAGCAGCAAAGCAGAGAUAUGAGUUUAAGCAGCUCUCACUGUUGCUGUGUGCUCUGGCUUCUCACCUGCAUCUCACAUCCCCAGCUAAGGGCAGUGCCCAGCUGAGCUCAAUCACUGCAGCUUUCCAGGCACAUGCUGCCUGGGGGUGUCAGAGCUCCAGGAAGGUCAGGAGAGUUUCUGAAGCUGCUUCAGUGGAUGUUCAAGGCACCAAGGUUCAAAAAUGGCUCUGAGCCAUCUGCACCUGUGCAGAGGUACUGGUGUGUCUCUGUUCCUGAUGUCAUUCAGUGUGGUCUCUCCUUUUCUCAUUCUUACAUCCACUUUUACCUCCUCUUUUUACAUUUAUGGGUGAGAAGCCAUUGGUGAAAGAACCUUUCAUGACACAUUCUAGUUGUCCAGUGUCUAUAACGGCUGCUGACCUCCCUCAGGAGCUUGUGGUAUUACCACAGCACAGCAAGCACUGGACCAGUGGGGAGUUAUGAGAAAGCUUAUUUCUAGAAAGCAUUAAAAAACAAACCAACAAAAACAUAGAAUUAGAAGCACAUGAUUAGCUUAAAGGCACUUGUUCCCCAAGCCAGUUCCUAGCAUCAACCCAGGGACCAGGCCAGGCGACGAGCAGGACGACGCUGACUGCUCAUGCUGCCACCCACCCACUCAGUGCCACACCAACGCAUCCGAUCUCUUUGCUAAAUCUGUAAUGACACAAAAAGCAUCUCCUCCCCCCUCCAAGAGGCAUCGUACCAUCUUGGCUAUAUCACAGGCAGCUUUCACAGGUGGAACACGUGUUAUGAGGUGAACCCUGCAUUGGCCCCACCAAGUCUCCUCGUGGUUGAGGGACCAGCCUGUGCCUGGCUCCAGCUGUGCCCCCGCAGCCCUCCCCAGUCAGAGCCAGCUGCAAUUCCCCCACAGCAGCCAUCUGCACCAGCCACCUGGGUCCCCAGCCCAGAGAAGCAAGGUGAUGCUCACAAAGCAAGGCCAUGCUAUAGGGCAGGGCCUCACCUUCCUCCAGACACAGUUGAGCCCCUCUCACCUGCUCCAUGUCUCCUUGGAGCAAGGCACUGAAGCACAUAAGAGAGGGGAACAAGUGAAGAAAGGAGCUCAGCCACCCACAGCCCUCACCCCCACCAUCACUUCUAAAAGAAGAUCAGGCAUCCACACAGGCAUGCCCAUGGACAAUUGAACAUCAUCUACCAAGAGACAGGAAAACUAGGCAGGGCAUAAGACCACAAGUGGAGAUCAAGUUUAAUGGCUCUCAGCAUGGUGUACCCACUCCUGCAAGGCCUGGUCGUGCCUCACCGAGUGACAAGGACAGAGCUUUCCUAAGUGCCACCCUCUGCAAUGACUUGCAGGUGACAACCAGACACUCCCAGAUAGGGAUGGGGAUCUUCUGUUCCCUCUACCAAGAGCAGCCCUAGUCUGAGCCCUACACUGGAGUAGUGUUAAACCUACCAGCAGGAACAUGUUACCUGUAGAUGCACAAACUGCACACAUUUUAGUAACAGUUAUUUGAGUGUUGACUCCCCUCUGCACUGCUAGAGACAUGCAGCAAGCCCCUGAGGAGAACUGGUGCCUAGAAAACAGGAGCCAGAACAGUUCCCAUCCUUAACAGCAUUCAGUUGCACAAGACCACCUCUAACCUUCAUGUCACAGUGGGACAGUCCCAGAGCCAAAAGAUGACAGCAGAGGUGCUGGAGUUCACCCAGCCAGAGUGUUACUUACAACAUAGUAAGCCUCCCCUAAAACAAGUACUUUCCAUGCAAGUAAACAAUGCACCUAACCAGCAUCUGCUAUACAUGUGGUGGGAACUAAGGAUGUGUUUUCAACCUCUCCCCAUGUUCCCAGCUCACCUGGGCAUGGCAGUGGGGAAGGUCUCCGUCCUGGAAACAGCUCUCCAGGGACACACAUCCUCUGCUAUGAGGUGGGCAAAACCUACCCUGGGAGGCACAGCCUGUAUCUGGAUAUCUGAAUCAAACAGAUGCCCACUGUGAAUGGCUAGGAUGAUUCUCUGAGUGAGGGAUGUGUCCCCUGUCCCCAGCAAGGAGGCCGGGAUGUGCGGGAAGACAGUGCUUUGCUGCAGCACUCUGCAGAGCAGGGAUAUCAUAAGAAACAAGAGUACGUACAAGGUAUGCCUAUAUCAAGGUGUAAAUGGUAUUAAAACUUUCAUUUAUCAGCUGCAGGAGUCCUCAUUGACUACAAUUACAGAAUUCAAUUAAAAAAACCAACAACUCAGUGACCUACUCUAGUGCUCUUAAUUGCUCUUAGAACAAUAAUCCUGCAGUUACCAGCAUUCAUUUGUUCAGGAUCCUCUUGGCUGGGUGAGCAUGUUGUGCAGGGAAGAGGUACAAGAGUCUAGAACAUGUAGAGACCCUGCUAAGAUGAGUUCUGGCCUCCUGAGAGAGCAAGCACAACCCAGAAGAGCAGCACCGAUCAGUGUCCCAGACAGGAAGCACCUGUAACUGUGAGAUGAGGCCUAGCUUCAGAAAUGAAAAACAGUCCUCUGAAGAGUAGGUGAUGGGAUGAAAAUGAAAAACAUGGCACCACAGAGGAGGGAGAGAGGAAUGCAAUGGCUUGAAAUCAGGCAAGAAGGACAUGUGCACAAGUCUGGUGCUUGUGCAAAGACAAAAAGGGAAUUUAGUCUUUAGUUUUCCAUCUUCUCAGUGCCAGUCUUCUGUCACUGGAAGAGAGAUUCCAAAACUGUUCCAGGUGUUGUGCUGGGAAUAAUAGGCGUCCUCUGACACCUGAAAACUACUAUGUGCAAGGUAGGAAUUCAUCUCUGCAGAGAGGACAACUCUGCAACACCCUGCAUUGCACCCACUGCCUGCCGUGCCAUAGAGCAGAGCCAGUCUGCGAAGGAGAAUAUGGUGAAGCUUGCUUGAAAGAGACAGCAAGACAAGCAGGUGACACUGAGACAAGGCAGUGGGACCACAGCACAGUGCUUUAAAGGCAGCUCUGUACACUAAGUCAUCUUUUUAGAUGAAUCUCUGUGGCUGACAUGAGGAGCCAGUGUGGGGUGCAGGCAGGCUUCCCCCUCCCACACAAGAUCCAUCCUUUGAUAACCAGACGUGGAAUCCCCUAAACUAGCUGCAGUGGCAGCUCCUGGGAAGGCUCAGCAUGCAGUGGAAAAAAUUGAUUAGCACAGCCACCACCACCCCAAGAAUGACUGGCAACUGAUUUUAUGAACUCUUCUGAGGCUUUGUUGUGUUGCACUUACAUACCCUUUGCACAGUGAUGUUCCCCUCCCACAGAAUGUCAAAGGCUUCAGCUCCUAAGAAUAACCAUUCAGGGCAAAAAUAGCAUGUGCUGUGCAGUGCUCCCAUGCAGGGUGCACUUCACCGGUCUCACCAUUCUCCUGAACUCAGGAUUUGGAUCAUCUAGCCCUAUAUUCCCAUCUCCCACUGGUGGCAUCUCCUUUCUCAGGUAGUUUUAUCUUUGUGGUUUCCAGGUGACUCUUUCAGGGAAAGUUUACUGGAGCUCCGUCCUUCCUGAAACAGCAGCAAAACUGAAUAACCACAUCCUCUUAGCACAGCCGAGGAACUUCAAAAGUGCAGUAUUGCAAAACAGUGUGGGGACACACUCCCUUCUGCCUCUGCUAUACUCUUGCAUGCACUAAUAUCAGUUGCUGCACAUGGUGCAGCAAUAAGAUAUUGAGAAAUACUUAAGCAGUAAAACCAGUUCUCACAGGCUGAGUGCUGCUUUUUUCCCCCUCCUUGCAGUCAGCUUUGGAGGGAAUCCCUGCAAAGAUUCUUUGCUGAGAGUAUUUGCAAGUAUUUCUAUUUUGCUGCAAUAGUUUAAAAACAAAUACUCAGAAUAAAUAACUUCUAAUAGGGAAGUUUCUUCCCUAAUGAAAGGAGUACAUAAUGCCCCCAAGCACCUAGAGAAAAGGAUCCCCAUAAAUAAGAAGCUAGGUUUGUGUACUUAGAGUGGUUCUUCUGCAUCUUGGAGCAGUUGGUCUUCAACAUAGUGUUAAUAUUGCUAUAAGGCUUCAUACUAAGUGGUUAAGGUUUGACUGGACUUGGAAAAUCAAAUUCCAUUUUCCUCCUGUACUGUACAGCUUUCAACUCAAGGAAAACACAUGACUGAGAUUCGUUUGAGUGCUGAGCUUCAUGACAAACACAAAAGCAUCCAGCAGUUCUUAUAGAGAGUGUGAUAACAGAAGUCAGAACAAGCUUUGUGCAAAUACUGCAACUACUUUGAUGCAUUUUCAGUGAAACAACCCUAUGAUUUGACUGAGAAAAGUCCUCAACUGAGCAUGCCAAAAACUUGAGUUUUGUGCCACCUGUGUUGCCACUGCAUAGAGUGAAGCUACAUGCUCUGCUGGGGCUCCUCUUCCCACAGGUCUUAAGCAAGCUAUGUUUUUCCUCCUCGCAGCAGACACUGAACAAGCAAGCUGUGAGAUGUGGUUCUGCACCCAAGCCAUCCCAGUCAGCUUUUGCGACUAUCAGCAAGUAGUCACAUCCACCUGCACCUUCAGGCAGUUGCAGAUUCCAUGUGGCCAGCUUGAAGAGGCUAUUUCUGAAGCUUGAUGCACCACUGCUGUUUAAGGCCAUACCAAUGUUUGGGGUUAUGUACUUGAAUAACUACAAUGAUCGUUCUGUGCAGAGCAACUUUUAAGUACCCCGAGAACCUCUGAAAGCUACGCUGAUUGAAAACCCCAGAUACAGAACAAGAACACCUCCAGCAUGGCCAACACCAUCCCAUGCCUUGUUUGCCUGGAACAGGCUGUGGUUCAGAAGCAGCUGUCCCAUAUCAACAUCUCAUUAACCUGUAGUUCUAAAUAGGUGUUGCUUUGAAAAGCAAAAGUUCAACCACUGAAGAGUUCAGAGAGCAACUUGUAACAGCCUUUCAGUGCAUCAAGCCAGCACCACCUCUAGUUUCACCAUUGCAUUGGAGUUAAUUAGAGUAGUUGCAGCUGUACAAGCUAUUACUUAAGCAUGAAGAGUCUGAUCUAUAGAAGAGGCUUAGAGCUGAGGCAGUUAACAAGUUCAGCUGUCAGUGUAAGCAGUUCAGGUGCCUUUUGGUGGAAAGCCAGAAUCUCUGUGAAGCAAGAACCACAGAGCAUGGGUUCAGAAGAUGGCAACUUCUACUCAUGUCUGCAACCUAGGAUUUCCACUCCAGCCCUUUGCAAGUGAUAAGUCAAAUACAAAAGAGGGUAAUACAAACACACCAAAAGGUUAUAAAAGUUCACUGAUGUGAAAAGCUAGGCUGACUGUGAAGAAAAAAAAUUUUUUUUUAAGGAAAUAAGCAGUGUAAUAGUUUUCAGGUAUUUCUUAAAGUAAUAUUGGAAAAAUUUGUUGCAUGCAAAGAGAGUGAUAGGAAUUGAACUUCACAGAAAAGGUCAGUGGCACAGAGCCAGCAUCAAAGUAAAAUACAGAAGGAAAGUUACUGGAACUUCUGACUGAAGACAGCAGGCCUGAAUGCGAAUAAUUUUUUUAAAAUUAAAUUUAUGACUGCCAGAAUCCAUGGCAAAUUUGCAAAAACACUGAAUAGUUGGGCAGAAGGAAGGAAGGUUGGAAGGAAACUCUGCAAAUGGUUUAAAUCCAGCCCCAUGCCAAAAUAGGCUCACCUACAGCAGGUCACCAAGGGCUGCAGCCAGCUUGGUUUUGAUCAUCCUCAUUUGUCUGGCUCAUGUUCAACCAAAAACAUCCAAACAACAAAGCACAAAACAAAAUAAAAUGAAGCACCUGCUGAUUUCAGUGAAUUGUUAUGCUUUAAAAACAAUAAAUAACAGACCUAUUUUCUCUCCUUUACCCAGACCUCAUCCUGAGAGAGAUUUGUUUAUUCAACUGCCACACACAACAUUCAAGACCUACAAAUAAAUACACAUACUAUGGACAUACAGAGGAGAUACCUAAAACCUCAGCUGAAACAGAACCCCAAAAUUACACAGUUACAAAAGGAAUCAGUGCAUAACAAUCAGAAAAAUGGCUUCUUUGGCAUAGUUUCCAAGACAAACACUACUUCAAGCACUUGUAAGAAUCAUGACACUGCCCAUUGCUGGCAGGGGUGGACAGUGAAGAGAAAAAUAAACCCUCCACUUUUUUUUUUUUUUUACACUAAAUAAAUUCCUCAAUGCACAGACUUGUUUAGAAAACCCAGCUAACAGACUGGUUCAAAGAGAGAGCCUUGAAACCCUCUAAUACCUUGGGUCCCCAAAUUACAGCAAGGUAAAACCCUAACAGUAUGUUUUCACUAUAAAUCUCUGUCCUUACUGCAUUUUUUUAAAGCAGUUAUCCUUUGUUUUCUGACUUCACAGUCUGUAGCUUCUGUAUUUUUUGCAUUUUUUGAAGGUUUUAUGGUAAACCUGGGGUACUGCAACUAUUUCCAUUUGUUUGUUGUGUCUGAUUUCCUCACUACUCUACUGGAUGAUAUUUCUAAAAUUGUCCUUUGUCGUUGCUCUCCCACUUUGUGAACACUAUGAAUCACACCAGAUCAUGUGCAAACUAGUGGGCGAUAACAAAAAUCCCUUACACUUGUUGUCAGUUUUUGUAGUAUUCCCCAUCGGUAUUAAGAUGUUGAUGCAAUUCCUUUGUUCAUCAAGGUGAGGAAAUAGCAGCAUUGACUAAGACCAUGCAGUCACCUUGGAAACUCUCACAUGACUUUGCAAGUGCAUCAUGAACACGGCCUUGCAGCCUGAAUGCUUUUCCCAGACUGCACGGAGGUGACCCAGUGAUGCUGAUCUUUGUCUAACUCAGAAACUAGAACUGCCCUGGUUUUCUAAUCUAGAAUCUGAAGUGCCAAUACUUACAGUGAAGGAAGGAAGGGUGUUGCUCAGCACCAAUGUUACUGAACUGCUGAGUGUAAUGACAGAUAAAUAUAAUUGUAAUGAACUUGUAUGUGUUCAUUUGAAUCUUAUUUGGGUGCAUAUUACAUUUAGGAUUAAACUGAAAGAGGAAGAAGCUGGACUCUAACCAAGGGAAAACUAUUGAUACCUCAUAAAAGAAACGUACAACAACACUGCCUCCUUUGCAUCUGUGAGCUGUUAACAGCACUUAAACAACAAGUGAAAGUGAUAAUGGAGGAGCACGAGUUUAAACUAGGGAGUCUUGGGAUAAAUUAAUUUUUCCAAAUGGCCGUGCUGCUACUAUUCAUCACGAAAGCACAUAUGAGAAGCUGGUUAAAUGUUUUGAAUUCUCAAACAUACAUGGUCUUGCUUGGGAAGCAAUAGAGGACAGAUGAAACUCCAGAAGAUCAAAAAGGACAAACAUCUCUAAAAGAAAGAAAAAAAUCGGCUAGCUUCAAAUCCCUUACCUCCAGAAAAGAGCAAGCACAUGAAAUCAAGUACCUACCUGACAGCGAGGAAGUGGUUUAUUCUUUACAAAUCCAUGCUGGCAGCUACUCAUGAUCAAACUGAUAGUUUCCUCCUUUUACAGAAUAGUAACUGCUAAGGACAGGAAAAGAACAGCUAUAAUAGAAUCAUAGAAUCAUGAGACAGAGUGUCCAUACCUUCUCGACAUGGCAUUUUCCAUAAGUCAACUGAGAAAAGUACUACCUUGAGGUGUGCAAACACCAAUCAAUUGAAGAAUAUAUCAUCUAAAGAUGAUGACUUAAAGAUUGAUCCUAGAUCAAAUACACAAAUAUUUCCAUUACCACCAAUGGAGCUAGGUCAGACAUAUUAAAAUUCACAUGCAGAUCUCCAGCUAGAGGAAACUGCUAGCACACAGUUGACAAAACAGAACGGCUUUGGCAAACUGGACAGCUGGUUUGAAAAAUACUAACAAUUCAUCAAGGACAAUGCAAUGUUAGGUAACUUCGGGACUCAUUAAUUGCAUAAACACAGGACAAGGAAUCAUUAACAGGGCAAUUCCUUAGAGCAGCUCAGAGGCUUGAAUGAGUCACGGAUUGCUGUAAAUAAGUCAGACAUCAAACUGCAGAAAACAAACAAGAGCUUUGUAAGCUGGAUAUGAAGAAAUCCCUCUGUGCUACAUAGCAUUAGCAAAGUGCAGUUUCACUGCGCUUUGAAACCUCUACAUAAGAAAAACAUGGGGAAAACAGACAAAAGAACAAGGGAGCUUUUAAGGAAAAGAUUAGAAACUACGACAACAGGUCAGAAGACUUAGGAAAGCCCGGCUGUACCCUUGUCGAAGGCAUGGAAGCUACAGUCUCCUUCCAGCCCAGCAAAUUUCAUCAGCUUUCCCAAUUAGAAAACUCCUUGCAGUCUUCCCAGGAAAAUUUUCUCUUUCCUGCCAUUGCUCAGGAUCUACGUCCCUUCUCUAGGAAGGAUGUGAAGCCCCAUGCCAGCUGGCAGCCCUGAUGUGCUCUGCAGGAGCAUCUCCAAGCCCAGUUCAGGCACUCCCAGGAUUGGAGAAAUCCCUCCCUCCAUUUCACUUGACACCAAGCACAGCAGCUCCUUGCUGUUACCCCACCCUUCUUAGACAUGGCAUGCAUCACACAGCACUCCUGUACCGAACUCGAAGGAAGCCAGGCCAUGCAUUGCCUCCCAUGCUUGCUCACAGCACUGCCCACAAUGCAUCAUCCAAAUCCACAUAUGCAAGUUAACACAACAGCACACGUGCACGUUUGCAUCUGGUGCCAGGGCAUAAACCUUUUCUGCUGUAGGGCACUACUGUGGCCAGCAGGCAGCUCAGGGAUGCCUUUUGGUUCAGUUCUGAACUUAUCACCACUGAUAGGCACAGGAAGGAAUGUCAGCGUGGCUCUCCCAACUCCCUGGUUCACAUGAGCUUUCUUUUGGCUUUUCUCCUGGCAGAGCCAACAGUUUAACUGAGGUUAAGUUUCAAUAAAUGUUUUUGUUCUUCUUGAUCAGGUGAAACUAACUUCACAAAACCUCACAAGUAUCUCCAGUCCUGGCAUUUUUAGUUAUUUCAAAUAUCUAACCCUGUUUUAAUUGCUUCCUUAAAUACUGCAAUUUGAAAAUGACUUGGUUCCACGUUCUGCAAAUUGCCUGCCUAAGAGCUGGGAAGCUGUGCUUCCUCAUAUAAAAUACAGAGGAACAUUUUGUAUCACCACGCACUACUCAGGACUUCCAGCGAAGUAACUUCCUUAUUUGCCUGAACUGAAUAAAAGACAGGGAAGGUUGCUCUUUCAGCCUCCCCAAGCUUCCAGCUGUGCAGACCUAAGUCAUUCCUCUGAUGCAUGCUUCAAGAAGCUGAAUCCCUUCUGACAGCUAUUCUGCUCCUCUUUGCAGCCACCUCUUUCCUUCUCCACAUACCUAGGCUGAGCCUUUUAUUUCUUUUCUCUUGGCCCUUGCACAAGACACCACCACCUUUGGGUGGACAGAUAUGUGAACACCUACUGUACAUGCAGAGUCAGCUGUAGCACCCUCCUAUCAGUUUUCAUCUUCCUUCUUAUUGACACUCUGGCAGUGAAGUCAUCUUAAUAACUUGGAUUGAGCUUUAAUCAACACUGGUGACUAAUGCAAGACAAUAGGAGUGAAAAAGUACACUCCCUAUGAUUUCUCUUUUCUAGACUGAACAAGUUCAGCUCUCUCAGCCUGUCUCCACAGGAGAGAUGCUUCAGCCCUUUGAUAGUCUUUUUAGCCUUCUUCCAUACCUGCUCAAACAGCUCCAUAUUCUCCUUGUUCUUGAGGUCCGAGACCUGGAGACAGUACUCCAGAUGGGGUCUCAUGAUGGCAGAGUAGAAGAGGACAAUCCCCUCCCCUUCCUUGCUAGCUACCCCUCUUUUGAUGCAGCCCAGGAUACUGUUGGCCUUCCAAGCUGCAAAAGCAUACUCCUCAUCAACCAACACCUCACGUCCUUCUCUUCAGGGCUGCUCUCAACCUAACCUCUGCCCAGCAUGUAUUUGUGCUUGGUAUUGCUCGACUCAGGUAUUGCCUGACUUUGCACUUGUCCUUGUUGAACUUCACUUCUCAAAUCAGCUAAUGCCCCUCUGGAAGGCAUGACAUUCCUCCAGUGGCAACUGCACCACACAGCUUGGUGCUGACAACUUUGAGACUGCAUUCAAUCUCACUUUCCAUGUCGCCAGCAAAGACAUUAAAACAGUGGCUGUUCCAACACUGACUCCUGAGGAAAUGCCACUCAUCACUGGUCUCCACUUGGACCAUCUGGUCAAUUCCUUUUCCACUGAGUGGUCCAUCCAUCAAAUCCACGUCUCUCCAAUUUAAAGACAUUGAUGUCAUGCAGGACAGUGCCAAACACUUGGCAUAAGUCCAACUGGAUAACAUCCAUUGCUUUUGCCUUACGCCAUGCUAUAAUCCUGUCAUAGAAGGCCACCAAAUUUGUCAGGUGCAAUUUGCCAUUAGGGAAGCCAUGUUGACUGUCAGUCAUGUUUGUUUUCCAUGUGCCUUAGCAGUGUUCAGGAGGAAUGCCAGAGAAAAUCAUCCAAGAAAACAAUGAGUAAAAGCAGGUGAAAUAGAGGGAAACACAACAUGCAUUUGCCUCAGCCCCAAUACGUGACUCUACAGACGCAUCAGAGUGGAUAGAAGGUGACAGAGCUCUUCAGAAAUCCAAGUCAAGUGCUGUAGACUGAAGUCUCUCUCUUUUUUUUUUUUUAAUGUGCUGUUUCAAAACAAGGCUCUGUAUAAAUAAGUUAUCUUUUACUAGCCUGUUAUUUGUAAAGGAUAUAAAAAUGAAAGGUUUCAGAAAUAAGACCAGCAUUCUUUAGAACUCAUUAAGAUUCUAUAGAAAUUCAUGAAAAGCUUCAGCCAUAGCACUGAUGACAUCCUCCUGCUGUUAGCUUCCAGAGCUCUGCUCAACACCUGCAUUUCUUGGUGGAUUCUGACAUUUUUGUAGUAGCCUUUUUGUAGUUUUUGUAUGAUCGAGAAUGUAUAAGCACAUAACACUGACAUACCAAGUCUUAUGUUUUCACCUUCCUAUAGAAGAGAGCAGUGCGAGCCAAUGGCAGAAUUCCUCAAUUGCUGCAAAAGUCAUGGCAGUUUGCAUCCUUUAAGUCUGCAUUUGGGAAGGCUUUUGAAAUCAGAUUUCUCAUGCAGCACAGAUCAGAUUGCCAGCAUCAGCUUCCUGUUUUCUUAAGCUCUUUUCUUCUUAAAAUCAAAACUAU